GAUCGUCAGGUCCAUACUUUGUUGUACACGAUGGCUUCAUCCAUGUAUCGGCGAGAGCUUUCCUAGGGAACCCAGUCGCCGCCGCCGGCUUUGCUCGCCACGAUGGCCGAGCAAGCACUGUCGAAGCCGCUCUCGACUCGCUCGUUGAAGCAGCUUGCGAGCGAUCUUACGAGCCUGUACAUACGCAACCGGACACGCAUAUCACGCGGUGUAUAUGCUGCGCUCGUCGUCGCGCUCCUCCAUCGAGUUCGCGGAGCCAUCAAAGAGCAAAAGGCGGCAGAACAACGGCGCAAACUGCAAGCACAACAGGGUGGAGCUGGGAGAAGGGAGGAGAGCAGUGGCAAGAAAAAGGUCGAGCUCAACAGGGAAUUCUUUCGCACAUUGGGACGGCUGCUGAAGAUAUGUAUACCGUCGUGGCGGAGCAAGGAGGCUCGAUUGUUGUUGAGCCAUUCGGUGUUCUUGGUGAUGCGAACACUGAUCAGCCUCUACGUGGCCGAACUGGAUGGACAACUCGUGAGCUCUUUGGUUCGAGGCAAAGGGAAGGCGUUCCUCAAGGGUCUGGUGUGGUGGAUGAUCGUGGCCGUACCGGCGACUUUCACCAAUAGCAUGUUGCAAUACCACCAGACCGGUCUCUCGUUGGCCUACCGCACGAGAUUGACAAACCACAUACACAAACAAUACCUCGGCGAUAUGACUUUCUACACGCUGUCCGCCUUGGACGAUCGGAUCAAGAACGCGGAUCAGUUGAUUACAGUUGAUGUUACGAAAUUCUCAAACAGCCUCGCGGAAUUGUACUCGAGCCUGUCGAAACCGAUUCUCGAUCUGGUCAUCUACAACUGGUCACUCUCGCGAAGUGUUGGCGGCGAAGGCCUCUUCGCGAUGAGCCUGAUGAUUCAGGUCAGCGCCAGUCUCAUGCGCGCUCUGACUCCUCCCUUCGGCAAGUUCGUCGCAGAGGAAGCCAAACUGGAAGGCGAGUUCAGGGCGGCGCAUUCCCGCCUCAUCAACUUUAGCGAAGAGAUUGCCCUCUACGAUGGUCACGAGGCAGAAAAGGACAAUGUGGACAAGGGCUACUUUACUCUUAUCAAACACGUGAACCGGAUACUGCGAAGACGACUUUAUCACGGAGUUCUGGAAGAGUUCGUGGUGAAGUACACAUGGGGUGCACUCGGUCUCCUACUUUGCUCUGUUCCCGUGUUCUUCAAACUACCAGGUGCCGCUCCUGGCGGCAGCAGUGCUGGUGACAGAACGGAGUCUUUCAUCACUAAUCGAAGACUUUUGAUGUCCUCUUCCGAUGCCCUAGGCCGAUUGCUAUUUUCAUUCAAGGAGGUGUCGGAGCUAGCCGGCCACACCAGCAGAGUGAGCAUGCUGCUCGAUGUCAUCCAAGAUAUACAGCAAGGCCAUUAUGAGAAGGCUCUCGUGUCUUCAGCGUCGACAGACGCAAACGCGGCCGUUCUGAGCGGUAGGGGCGACAUGGAAGAAGGCGAAGACAUUAAGUUCGAGAAUGUCCCCAUUGUGUCGCCUAAUGGCGAUGUACUUGUCAAGGCACUAUCGUUCCAUAUCUCCCGAGGGGAUCACCUCUUGAUUGUUGGCCCGAAUGGCUGCGGGAAGAGCAGUCUGUUCCGCAUCCUCGGUGGUCUGUGGCCAGUAUACGGUGGAAUGGUCCGCAAACCAAGCAGCGAGGACAUUUUCUACGUUCCACAACGACCGUAUUUGAGCAAGGGGACUUUACGGCAGCAAAUUCUCUAUCCGGACAACCUGCUCGACAUGAGGGCAAAGGGAAUCACUGAUCAAGACCUCGUCGAUAUCAUGAAGAAGAUCGGCCUCGAAAGUUUGCUCGAAAACAGCCACUCGACAUCGCGUGCUGGCUACACUGCGGCCCUCAGUGCAGAGCAUGAAUGGGCUGACGCUUUGAGCACGGGCUUCCAACAAAGAAUCGCCGCUGCGAGAUUGUUCUACCACAAACCGAAAUACGCGAUCCUUGACGAGUGCACGUCGUCGCUAACACCGGAAGUGGAAAGGAUCAUGUACGAUGAGGCGAAGCGUCUAGGCAUCACUUUGAUGACCGUGUCGCAUCGGAGGUCACUGUGGAGGUACCACGGCUGGAUCCUUCAAUUCGAUGGACAGGGCGGAUACGUCUUCACGCGGUUGGAUGCGGAGACGCGCUUGCAGCUUGAGGACGAGAAGGAAGAGCUUGACCUUCAAUUGAGGGCAGUGCCUGAGUGGGAGAAGAGGAUCGCAGAACUCGAAGCAGGGGCAGCAUAGACCAUUCACAGCAUAUUAUGGGAAACGACAUGCGAGCU